AUGCCAAAGGGGGACAAAGAUUCGGGGGGGGUUCAGGAGGGAUCUUCAGAGGGGGUUCGUAGGUCCUCUGGUUCGGGACUCGUGUUGUCCUUUGGGGAUGAUAGGGGUUCCGGGGAUGACGAUAGAGAGUCGGAGGAAACUAGGGAGAGAGAAGGGAGGAUAAUUGGCUCCAAACGGAGCUCGUGUGGCAUCCGUGCGGGGGUGACUGUGGAGGAGCUGCUGGGGGUCGAAUCGAUCCCAUCUAUGUCGGAAUCGGAGAUGGUCGCUACUAAGCGUCUUUUUUCAGAGAUCUCUGGUUCCGACACGGAGGAUGUUGGUACAGCCAACAGUUUGUCGAAGGUGCAGACGGCCAAGCGUGGUAAGACGCGUGGGUCGCUGAGCAGACUUUCGGCAGCUCGACAAGAGCUGCGCGAAAGAACUGAGGAGGCCAGGGCGGCGGACUUCGUUGCCGCCCUAGAGAAGAAGACGCUAAGAAAGGAGUCCAAAACGGGAAAUCCCACUCCGCCUGGACCCCUUGACAUAGAUGUGGAGGCCAUGGGCCCGGAGGACUUGCUCGGUGCUGCUGAGAGUAAUCUCGAAGAGAUUCUCAGCAUUGCGGCCAGGUCCUCCAAUUUGAAAGGGGGGUACGCCAGCAAGAUACGGCGUGCUACCUCUGCGGUGAGAUGCAUUAUUGACGCGCUUGCAUCUCGCACCGUGGUGGAAGAAACUCGGCGACUCACUGCAGAUAAUGGUAGGCUGCGUCGGGAGUUGGCAAACCUCCGGGAGGAAGUCCGUGCCUAUAAACGGGACUUUGAGGAGAGUCGUGCGUCGGUGGCAAAGGAGAGGUCUUCUCCAAUGUCCAACGAACAGUUGGGCAUUUUGGAGAAGAGCAUCGCCAAGUUGGUGGGCAACUUGGUCGAUGGGAGGCUGGCGGGGUUAGAGGCACGGUUGCCGCCCCCCGCAGUGGUUCGUCCGCCCUUGGCGGCUGAUAAGAAGCGGGAGGCUCUCGAAAAGAGAGCCACCGCCGACAAAAGCCCUGUGCCGGAGGCUGCUGCAGCUCGCGACUUGUCUCCGGUGCUGACUACGCCGGCGGUUUGUCGUCGGCGAGAAGAAUUUCCGGCUCUCCCGGUGCGCCCGGAGGUGCGACCAGCCCCAACUCCUGCGCAAACUAAAAAGAGCAGGAGCAAGGGCAAAGGAAAGGGGAAGGGGGCUGACCAGCCGGAACCGGUCAACCCUGGCCCCUCCACAUCCAGAAGUGCGGCGGCUGAGAGGCCACCAGAGUCUUCGGCGGCGUCAGCUAAGAGGCCAGAAGAGUCUUCGGCUGUGUCGGCUGCUGUUCCAGUGGUGGAAUCGUCGGAGCCAUUGGGCGGGUGGACAGAGGUCGUCCGCAGGAAGACCUCGGCGAAGAAAGUGGCGCCAAAACAGCCGGCACAGGUGGCGGCUAAGAAGCCGAGGGUACAGAUGCCUCGCUCCACGGCCGUCCUUGUCAAAUUAAAGGCGGAUGCGGCGGACAAAGGCGCCACAUACAGCUCGGCGUUGUUAAAGGCGGAAAGCGCCAUUAAGUUGGACGAGUUAGGGCUCGGCCCCCUCCGCAUCAGGCAGUCGGCCACUGGAGCCAGGUUAAUAGAAAUACCUGGCUCUACCAGCCAUGAAAAGGCGGAUUUGUUGGCGGCCAGACUGUCCGAAGUUCUCGCGGAGGAGGCUGACAUUUCAAGGCCCGUGAAGUGCUCAAAUUUUAAACUCACGGGCCUUUCUGACGCUGCGACUGUAGAGUCAGUCAGAUCUGCAGUCGCAGGAGUGGGUGGAUGUUCCCCCACCCAAGUUUGGGUGGGAGAUAUACAGAGGGGGUCUGUCGGGACGGGUUUUGCUCGCAUGAGCUGCCCAGUGAUGGCGGCCAAGAAGUUGGUGGAGCUGGGCAGCUUUGCCGUCGGUUGGAGCAGAGUGACCGCGCAUCUUGUGGAUGCGCGGCCAAGCCACUGCUUCCGCUGUCUGGGGUUGGGGCACUAUGCUGCUUUGUGUCCCCCCAAAAUGAAGGACCGCAGUGGCUUGUGCUACCGAUGUGGUACACCUGGACAUACUGCGUCUGGGUGUAAGGCGAAGCAUCCGAAAUGCGCGGUCUGUUCCGACUCGAGCAGACCUUCGGACCACGUUAUGGGGGGUAAAUCGUGUAACCCCCCAGUAACCCGGGGAAAAGUUCCCUCCUCUGGGAGGGGACAGGCGGCGCCGGAAGCUGAUAUGUCUGAAUAA